AGACAGCAAUGCAAUUGCUUGCUGCUCAUCUCCCCCACCCCGAUGCGCCAUUAUUCAAUUCAUUCUCCUCUCUCUUUCUCUUUCUCUCUACACUCUUCGAUAUUCAAUUUACACCUACUAUGCUCGACCCCUCGUCCCUCAAAAGAUUUCUUGUAAUAUAUUCAUCACCCACUCUGUAUUUAUGAUGGAUAAUGACUGGUGUGGGGUUGUUCGUACAUUUGUCGCUUUUCAGUUUCCACACCAUUUACCCUAAUAUGGAGGGCUCUCUCUUCUUAAAUGACGCUUCUUCAUUCCCUUUUCUUUGAUUUUUCAUUUGCAUUUCCCCCCGUUAUCUGGUCCUAACGUAGUUUUCGAUACAGCUUCGGGUUUCUAAUACUGUGAAUGCAGUUAAUGAUCGUCAUCAUAAACUGUCGGUGAGUGAGUUAUUAUAUUUUCUUCAUCUCCUCGUUGUCAACAGAAAUGAUGCCGAGAGUUAACUGUGAUUCCACUACUCCUAUUUCUCCUUUGUCUUCCCGCCACUCAAGCUUUCAAGGUUGUUCCUGGAAUAAUGGGCAGAUUAGCAAAGAUGAUCAUGGGUCAGUAGACAUGGCACCAAGACCUUCCUACAAUUUCACCCCAGAUGCUAAAUUGGGGAAAAUAUUGCUCGAUCAAUCCUCUGUUUGGUCGGAAUCAGAGAUGACACCAUGUUCUACUUCGUUUUCUUCCAUUGCUUCAAACGCCACCCCAAAUUCAAAGUCAUCAAUGGAAUUGGUGAAAGAGAUCACAUCUCUUGAAACAGAAAUAGCUCAUUUGGAAAGUUAUCUUCUUUCACUCUACCGGACAGCUUUUAAGCAACAGGUUCAUAGCAUCCCUUCCAAGGAGUCCAAACUAAACUCUGAAGCUUGGUUAAGUGGUUACCAUGGUCAAAUUCCCCCUCUUCAGGAGGGACUAAAUCGUCAUUCUACCAUUCCAAAUUCAUCAUCUAAAAAAGAGAGGAAAACUGCACGUAGCCUUGGGGAUCACCUUGAAAGUCCUUAUACCGAAAAUACCCUUAUUGAUGGUCCUGAUAGGCUUUCUGAAGAUUUGAUCAGAUGCAUAUCUUCCAUCUACUGUAAGCUUGGGGACCAAAAUCAAAGUGGACCUUCUGUUUCUUCUGCUUCAUCUCUGUCUUCUUCGGGGGUAAAAGAGGAAAAAGGGCCCUAUGCUAAGAUGAUUGAAGUUUUAAAAAUAGGUGUAGAUGAUGAUGGCUUCAGUUAUGCUGCAAGGAUGCUAAAAAGAUUCAGAACAUUGGUCAAAAAACUUGAGAGUGUUGACCCUGUGAAAAUGAAGCGUGAACAAAAGCUUGCAUUUUGGAUCAAUGUUCAUAACGCUUUGGUGAUGCAUGCAUAUUUAGCAUAUGGAACUCACAGUAACACAAAAAGUAAUUCCAUUUUAAAGGCAACUUACAACAUUGGAGGACAAUCCAUCAACGCAUACAUUAUACAGAUUGCUAUAUUAGGAAUCAAACCACACUUUAGAGCACCGUGGCUACAGUCACUGCUAUCUCCAGGGAGGAAGAUGAAGAUGGAGACUAGUAAACAUGCUUAUGCCAUUGAUUACCCUGAGCCACUUGUCCAUUUUGCCCUUUCUUUAGGGGUGUUUUCUGACCCUGCGGUUCGUAUCUACAACGCGAAGAAUGUGUUUCAGGAUCUAAGGAUUGCUAAAGAAGAGUUUAUACAAUCAACAGUGUAUGUGAACAAAGAAACUAAAAUAUACCUACCGAAAAUUUUGUAUUAUUUUGCAAAAGAUAUGGCAUUGAGCAUGACAAGUCUUUUGGAGAUAGUUAAUGCAUGUUUGUUGGAAAAACAAGAGAAAGGCGUGAAAAUGAGUGUGAAAGGUAAACCUGAAAAAUACGUAUAUUGGUUGUCGCAGAGUUGUAUAUUUCGAUACGUGAUUCAUCAAGGCACAGUUGAAGGAAGAUUGUCAGUUUGAUUUAAGCUUUUCUUUAUUUUUGUGCAUUUGUGAAGAUUAGAUAACAUUUAUUCUCUUGUUUUUAAUAGAGAUUUUAGGGUGUAUAGAAUUGUUUUAAGGAUUAUGAAUAGUGCUUGAAAAACUCCAUUAGUGUUCAUAUAUUUGUCUUUUUCUGGGAGAUCG